CCCUCUGACGAUAUUUUCAAAAACAAAAUCACGAAACGAUUUAAAAGCUCCACGUCAGUCAGUUUCUUGCCAGUAAUCGAACCUCUCGGAUCGACCGUCAUUUUUACACCUCAAUUAAUCGCUCCUCAGCUCCCCAAAGCACGAUAGGAGCAUUCGUUACAAAGAAUCGUACCGGAGAAGGAAAAUUUUUGAGCGCCCAUUCGUCAUUGAUCUUUUUGGGGUUUAAUCGCGAUCAAGUGAUUUGAUAAGUGUGGUUGCAGAAGAGAAACCCCGCCAUUUUGGAAGCAUACUAAGGAAGAAAAAUGGGCAUGAUAACCAGGGUCCGGAGUCGUAUUAGAGCAAACUCCUUGACAAUAGACAAAGAACGUACCGCUCAAAGCGUCUGCCUCCUGAGCGCUGUGCUCUUGCUGCCCUACUGUCCACGAGGACCUUUGCCCUUGUUGCCACCGCCUGCACCGACCCUCUACUCCGUCCUCGUUUUACCCGUCGUACUCAGCGCGAACUACAGAUAUCCUGUAUCCGCACUCAAAACGUUGUCCGAAGCGAUAAAAGCUGUCGCGAAAAAAGCUUGGGUUCCCUCGAGCCGAAUAUUGAAACGAGUCUACCGACCGUUCGAUCGUGCCGAAAAUGCUUUCCUCAAAAUGAAGAACAUCUCGAUAAUGGCUAAUCAAAUAGUUUUUUUCGUCCUCGCUGACAAAUUUCUCGUACCGCAACAACGGAUCACGUGCCUGUACACUCUCAUGUUUUACAACGUAAUCGCAUACUGCGUCAGUUACAUCAAAGAACUUAUCGAGAAAGAGGAUUGGUCCCCGUACGUGACCUUGACCGAGAGAUCGCAGAUCAAACAUCUCGCAAUGUCCGCCACCAAAAUCGUACUCGAAUGGACCAAAGCUGUCACUUUUGCUGUCACCCUCACCUUCAUGCUCCUCGUAUUUGGACUCGAACAAGGGCUGCAGAAUUACAAACCAUCGACUCUCUACACAAUUGUAACCUGGUCGUAUUACUCGGCAACGGAGAAAGUAUUUGUGGAAAUGUUUCCUCAUAUCUUAUCAUUCAUGCAACUGGAGAGUCUCGAGAGUUUGGAAAAUCUCUACGCUCCGGUGAUACUCCGAGUAUUUACGAUUUUCAUGUCCGGAUUAUUCACAAUACUUCUUGUUCCGACUGCCAAUUGGGAAUUGCUGUUAGUGGCGGCAUAUUUCAAUGUUUAUCUUCGAGGAAAAGAGCUGAUGUUGAACUCCGGCGCUGCGCUUCAAGCUGAGCGUCGAAUUUUAAACCGUUACAGAAAAGCGACGUCGGACGAAAUUGAAAAAUUCGACGACGUUUGCGCCGUUUGUCUGUUUGCCAUGAAAAAAGCACGCGUCACGCCUUGUCAUCAUCUCUUUCACGCUGACUGUCUGCGACAGUGUCUGAAAACGAGCGACAAGUGUCCGAUGUGCAAAAGAGAAUUGAAAUUCGACUAAGUAUUUUAUUCCGUUUUGCAAAUUCUUUCUCAUCUCUCCUCGGAGCUCCGUUUCCAAAGAUAUUUUAUUGACAUUUGCGAGCCAAGUUUUUCUCAUUAGAUUUUCAGCACUCGAUGGUGUUUCUUUAAUAUUCGUUCACUAGGCAAUCAAAUUCUGCUUUUUACCUUGCAAUGCAACGAACAUUCUACGCAGCAACGUUAGCACAAAGAAACGAUGAAAAACGUGUUCAACGGAUAAUUCGAUGGUUUUCUUUACAUUUAUUUGUAUUCCGUUGCUCGUCGCGGACAGAGUUUUCUUCAAAUUCUUAAAAAACAAUAGAUUGAUCAGCGAAUGAAAGAAAUGGUGUUCAAUAUGUUGGGACCCAGUGUUUUUAACGUUUCAAAAGGGACUGAAGGUUUACAGCCUUUAUUUCAACUCGCUAAAUGCUGAAAUGGAAAAGUUUUUAUUUGGAGAUAAAAUGUCUUUGAGAAAUUUCUGGAACGGAGCGUGAAGAAAGAAAAUUCUGAAACGCGAAUGCGAAAAUAUUCAUUCGCACAAAUGUCUCGAAACAAUGAGAACAUUUUUUUGGAGAAAAAAACCGUUUUUUUUUCGUACAACCUUCGAAUGGUAUUUCUAAUGUGGAAGGUUUAUUCCGAUAGUUUUACGUUACUGUGAUAAGUUGUCAAUCAUCGUACGAAUCGACUAUUUUUACGCAUGAAUAGACAGGUAGAUUUUAUUUUUCAAUUUUCUAUUGUUGUUCUCAUUCUUGUCACAGAAAUCGUGAUCGAUUUGUAUGCGUUGCUGUAUUUCGUUACUAUUUGUAUAUAAUGUAUCGCUGCUGUUUUUUUUUACCCGAAAUAUAACGAAUGUACGAAAA